CACCUACAUGCAGUGCAGUAACAGAGAAAGACAGCAACCCCGAAAGGAAAGGAAUCCGGCGAAAUUUGCCGCCAGGGGAUACCGGGAAACGGCUUUCAGAAUUCCCGGUAGCUUUUCCGGGAAAUGCUAUUCAAGUUCAAAUCAUAUGUGAUGUUAACAACAUGGUCAUACAGGAGAUGAUAUAAUUAAUGUCCCAGGAGAGUUGAAACUUGAAAUACACAAGUGAUAAAAAUGAGAAUGGCUAAAAGAAUAGUGAGUGGUAAGGCCUUUUUGGGACAGACAUGGGCUAGAACCAGCAUUCUAUUUCCAUCCCUGUCUAGGGCGAUGAGUACAUUGGGUUCCUCAAUAUUGAAGUCUCCCCCUCUGGUUUCCCUUGAUCAGCAUGAUGAGUGGUCUCAUGGCUUUAGUCACCCUGAUAAUGCACCUACCCAGAAAUGUACUGAUAAUAAGACUGUUAGAAUAAUUGAUGGCAAGUCUAUUGCUGAUGAAAUUAGAUUAGGAAUAGCCAUUGAAGUGAGCAGGAUGAAAGAAUCCAUUGGGAAGGUUCCUAGCUUAGCUGUGAUAUUGGUAGGACAAAGAAGAGACUCCGUUACCUAUGUGCGCAACAAAAUAUUGGCUUGUGAAGAGGUUGGGUUCAGAUUUUCAUUGGAUCAUCUGCCUGUAAACUGUACAGAAGAGGAAAUUUGUGAUAAAUUGUCAAGCUUUAAUGAUGAUCCGUCAAUCCAUGGCAUUCUUGUACAGCUUCCUUUGCCACAGCAUUUGAACAAGGAAAAGAUACUGAAUAUGCUAAGCCUAGAAAAAGAUGUGGACGGCUUCCAUCCACUCAACAUGGGAAAUUUGGCUGUACAGGGAAAAGAGCCUUUGUUCAUCCCAUGUACCCCUAAAGGCUGCAUUGAGUUACUGCUUAGGUCUGAUGUGGAAAUAAAGGGCAAGAAGGCUGUUGUGAUUGGAAGAAGCAAUAUUGUUGGAUUGCCCAUGUUUUUGUUGUUGCAGAGGCAUCACGCUACAGUUACCAUUGUCCAUGCAUUUUCAAACAACCCAGAAAUCAUUGCCCGUGAAGCUGAUAUUUUAAUUGCAGCCGCAGGAGUGCCUAAUCUGGUUCGGGGCAGUUGGUUAAAGCCUGGUGCAGUUGUUGUUGAUGUUGGCACUACUCCUAUAGAGGAUCCAGAGAGUGAGCAUGGCUACAGGCUAAUCGGUGAUGUUUGCUUUGAAGAAGCAGUGAGAGUAGCUUCUGCAAUAACCCCUGUACCUGGAGGAGUAGGACCUAUGACAGUUGCAAUGCUGCUUCUCAACACUCUUGAAUCUGCCAAACGUGUACUUCGAUUCUCUUGAUUGAAAACUAUUUUAUAUGUGCUUCCUGGGCUAUCCCAUUUGUACCUUAAACGUUGGUGCCUGAUGCCUGCUUUCCAAUUCUACUAAUUAGAAAACAUUUCCAAUGAGGAGUUGAGGUCUGGGUAUCAUUUAUAUUUACUAUAUAUUAAUAGCAAUACCAAGACUAAAAGAUGGCUGUCAAUAUAAAUAGAUUAAUUAACCAUUUCGGUAAUUAUUUGUAAUUGGCUAGUUCCGUAUACCCUAAGAUAAAUUGGGAGAAUGAAAUCCAAUUAUACAGGCAAGAAAAAGAUGGAUUCAGAGACAGGUUGCUCAGAAAAUGUGAACAACAGUCACAUGUUCUGACUAGCUAGAUGAUUGGAAGGUUGGUGCUUGGCUUCCAGCUUGCUUUACCGGAGGCGGUGUCAAACUCGAGAAGAGGUGAAUUAGGGUGCACAUGUAUUGCUUUUUCUACAUGAUGCAAUCAAGCUUGAUCUAUCUGCAAUCAUUCAGUCAGCCAAAAUCACCACCAAGGCCCUCCCUCCACUUCUUGACGAGAGGAUGAUUAUGGUUGAAGUGGGUGGAUGAAGUUAUCAUGAUGCACCCUAUGCUAUCACCGAAGAUUUGAUGAAGAAACUGUUUGGAGUACAAUAUAGUCUAUAGACUAUUAUUAAUGGUUUGGGGGCUGAUGCUUGUGCCUUUACUAAGCGUGUUUGGUAGCUACAAACACCUCAAGUGUAGAGGUGUAUCAGGCACAGAUAUCAUUGGUACCUCCAACUUUGCAUUUCAAGUAUUCACAACCUCAUCUCCCUCCAAAAAAAAAAAAAAAAAAA